AUGAAAGAAAUAACUAACAAUACUAACAUUGUAAAUAAUAAUUAUUUUAACUAUAUACUAAUUCUACUGCAGGACUUCUCAGUGAGGCAGUCACAUAUAUGUAACCUUGCCUUAAAGGGACAGCUUCUGGCAAAUCAGAAUUUAUGUGUUUUAAGUGCGACCAGAAACAAAUGCCAUUUCUCACGGCUAACAGAGAGUAUACCUUCUAGUGCCUUAGUAUUCAGAGAUUCAUUAGGGUCUAGUCAGUUUUCUUCAAAUUCAGCCAGUUUCACAUCAUAUAGAGGGUUGAGGGGCUUCCCUUCCAACAGAAUUCAUUAUGAAAAUCAAGACAGAAUAACCAGACGGAAUUCAGAAGUUUCGGUAGCAGCCAAAAGUACAUUGGAAGGAAACUUGAAGGCAGCAGACCCCCCUGUCGAAAACACUAAUAGUAGUGAAUCAGAACCAGUCCAGAAACUGACAUUGUAUCAGAGGUUCAAGAAGACAUACAAAGAGCAUGGGAAAGUUCUGGUGGCCGUUCACUUACUAACUUCCACAGUUUGGUUUGGCUCCUUUUACACGCUGGCCAGAUGUGGCUUUGACAUUGUGCCAUAUCUUGAGAACUGGAAUUUUAGCGAGAAGGUUAUCGCUCCCUUCCGUUCAGGCGGACUUGGUGAUGUGGCGCUUGCAUACCUGUUGUACAAAUUGGCAACACCAGCUAGAUAUACUGUCACCAUUGGAGGAACCAAUCUUGCCAUCAAAUACCUGCGAAAGGAGGGCAAAAUACCACAAGUGCCUAAAGAAGACUCCAUUAGAUCUCUUUAUAGGGAAGGCAAGGAAGAUCUUAAAAGGCGAUCAAAUGCUCGGAUGAAAAGAUUGGGACGGAGAAAUCGGAAUAAUAAAUAA